GAGAACAGCGUAUCCAUUGCUUUGCUUUCACUCGGCCUUGUUUUGGAAGCGUAAACACGGCUGAGCAAGAAGAAGGAGCCAGAAAACGUCGCUUUCUCUGACUAACGAGCCAUGACAUGCACAUAACCUGCGGUGUUUGGAGUCAGUACGUUCGGAAAGAAAUCGUUGUCGCUUGUGUUGAAACGCUCCCGUGAGGAAUAAACGACAUUGGUUUUGUCCUUUUGGGCUUUUUGGGCUUUUUGGGCUUUUUGGGCGAGAAGGUUUAGCGGCUCGGUUGCUAACCUGACUACAAAUCUGCAUAAACGUUAACUGAACAUUUGAACCUCCUCCUGUGUAUCAGGAUGGUGUAUCCAGGUCUCUCAUGUUUGGGGGCUCCCCUGGGGAUUGUGACAUUUACCCUCUGCUGCGUCCUGGCACCAUCUCCUGGACAGGCCUUCAUCUUCGCUUACUACAGUAAUAUGACUUCAAUGCUGCUGGAGGAUCUGCCCGCUCUCUUCGGCUCUCCGCUGCCUAAGGAUGGAAUGAUGGGUUUGCUGAUUGAGUCUCGUCCACUGAAUGCCUGCGCUCCUAUAGAUCCUCCUCCAGCGUCUCCGACUCCCACUGAUCCAAACAGCACCACCAAAUACGUUGUCCUGAUCCGCCGCUACGACUGCAACUUCGACAUCAAAGUGCUGCAUGCUCAGCAGGCUGGUUACAGUGCUGCCAUUAUCCACAACAUGUACUCCAACACACUGCUGAACAUGAACUACAGCAACGAGACUAUUGCAGAUAUGAUUGAGAUCCCGUCUGUGUUCACCAGCUAUUAUGCCUCCCAGAUCCUCCGCAGCUUCAUCCUACCAGAGAAAGGGGCCUACGUCAUCCUGAAACCGGAUUUCUCCUUCCCACUCACCUACUAUCUCAUCCCCUUCACCGGUGUGGUGGGCCUCAUCUUCAUUGUCAUGGUUAUCAUACUGGUUGUGCGCUGUGUACAGUACAGGAAGAGGCUGAGAAAGAACAGACUGACAAAAGAGCAGCUAAAAAAGAUCCCUAUCCACAAGUUCACUAAAGGUGAUGAAUAUGAUGUGUGUGCUAUUUGUCUGGAUGAAUAUGAAGAGGGGGACAAGCUGCGAGUUCUGCCAUGUUCACAUGCCUAUCACUGCAAGUGUGUGGACCCCUGGCUCACGCAGACCAAGAAAACGUGUCCUGUCUGCAAGCAGCGCGUGACCCGUUCAAACCCAGAAUAUUCCGAGUCCUCCGACUCAGACGAAGAGGCCGUGUCCCACAGAGGUGACAAUGACGAAGGCGGAGCUUCGGCAGGGGCGGAGUCAGAGCGCACUCCUUUGCUCCGCGCCUCCAACCCCUCAUCACCAUCCUCUGGGAGCCCCCCAGCCACCACCUAUGACUCCACUGUCGACACGAUACCGGCCGUCACCACCGUAACAACCUCCGCACAGUGCCUGACCCGGGAUUCACCGUUGCUGGGAUACGAAGGGUAUUACUCUCCCAUAGAGGGUUCAGAAGAAGACACAGAGGAGGAUGAUGACGAAAAUGUUCACCCCUCAGAUGAUGAUACGGCGCAGCUUAUCGGCCGCGGAGCCGUCGGGGUUUGAGAGCAGCUCCCCUGUAGAAAGAGAGAUUAAAAAAACAAGCAGAUUGUUCUUUUGGUCAUUUUUAAAAAAAAAAACGGUCAGUGUUCUUAUUAUCUGGGGACUGUUUUGCCGUAAAAAAAGCCACAGCAAAGUUACAAUAACCUGAAGGGUGGAUGCACUUUAGUGGCCCCAGUUUUCUACACACAAUUAUAGCCGUGCUGACCUGUAGAAUAUAAAAUAAACCGCCGCCCCCUUGAGGUAAAAGAUGCCUGACUGGCGCAGGCUGCCGCGAAUUGAGAAGGCUGUGAUUAAUGGAAAAUAACAGCCGUAGUUUUUUUUCUGUUACCCGCGUGGUUUUCGUUUAGAGGCUCUUGUUUAGAGAGCGAUGCCUGUGUUUAUAGGGAGAAAGAAACGCACUACAGCACAGCGUUGCAGUGCAAUACGGACCUGAUGCCAGUUUGUACAUGAAUUUCAGUUUGUUUUUAUGCGAGGUGUGCAAUGAUAAAGUAAAUAUACAGAUUAGAUAUGUAAGUCCGCUGAGGGUCACUCUUAUGUCUCUUUUUUGCUAACUUGUUCUUUCCUUAAAGGAGAAUUCCAUCGAUUUCUCUAAAAUUCUGAGUAAUUCAGAGAUGUUUGAGAUGUGAACAGUGUCUUUCAGAGUGGUUUGGUGUGAAAUGGUUCAGAUUUCUUUACAGUGGUGGUGAUGGGAACCAGGGGUCGCCAUGACUACAACACAAAUAUAGACAUUUUAUUUACUAUCCAAAACCUAAAAGCUUUUAGAGGUGGACGUCUGGUUCCUGUCACCACCACUGUGAACAGUUUCUCUAUAAUGGAGCAUUUCACACCAAACCACUCUGAAUGACUUUGUCUUAACUAUUUAAUUAUGCAGAAAUUUUGAAACUUUGGUGGAAUCCCCCUUUAAGCGGUCUAAAGUCCUAAGUGUGGAUUAGAGAGUUACACAAGCUCAUAGGGACACGUAGUCACUAAAGGUUAAUAAAUGUGGGACUACACGCUUUCUUCUUUUUUUCCAUUUGUGUUUUUGUAGAUGAAUGUAUACAAACCCUGUGUUUAUUCUCCUGCUCCAAGCUUUUGCUCUCGUAUGAUAAUGAUAUUAAGCUUUUACUCUCCUUCGAACAAGGAAUAAGAUCUCAUGAAGACUCUUAAAAAGAAAAGGUGCCAAUAAUGGUUAUUUAUAAGACAGAAGAACCAUUUUUAGUUUCCCUAAAGAACUUUAGAAUGGAUGAUUCUUCAGCCUUAAUGCCCGCAUCUGAAAUACUAAUAUAAUAUAAUUAUAAUAAAUAUAAAUAAAAUCAUAUUUUGGUCACACAAAAGCCCAAAUUUUUACCAAAUUUAUUGAAAAUCCAAAUUUGAGUGUGAAUAAAAAUAUAAAAAUUACAUGUAAUCAGAAAAAUUCAAAUGUGUACUGCUAGACGACUGCCUGAAGUAGAACUACACAAGAUGUAAUCACGUCAGACUCCUGAAAACAUUUCUAAUGUGGCAUUUUUCAUCGGAAUUAGCUGUUGGACAUGGAUUGGUCAAGCAAUCAUUUCUGUAAAUUAUUUAAAAGUUAGAGAACCUCCACAUACUGAACAAGUUCUACACUAAUUUAAGUUUUUUUUUUUUUUUCCUAGAACCGUAUGUCCCAGCUGAGAACCAUUUAGGAACCUUUAUUUUUAAGAGUGAACUUUGUGCCUGAUGUGGAAAUUAUCCUCUGGUCUCCCUUUAAACCGUGUGGUUUUGGUACUUGAACAUGUACAUACAUGCAGCUUUAUUGAAACAGUGUCUGUAAUGUAAUUCCAUGUAAAACUGAGUAUGUCUAUAUCUUUAUAGGAGUCAGAGCUAAGAGGACAAAUGACAGGUGAAGGUAUUUUUUUUUUCUAUCUUCAAUUUAAGUCUAAAGCACAUUUAAGUAACACUAUAAUCGAAGGUUUACAGUUAAGGCACCUGACCACAGAACUGGGACCAAUGACUUUUGAUUUUCAUGUUUGUUUUUGCAUUUUUUCAGUUUUCUAAUAUGUUAGACCUGUGUCUGUGUAAUCUCAUUCCUAAUGUGCUACACUGAAGAUUUCUCUAGAGUUGUAUCAUCUCUGCAUUCGUGCCAUAAAGAGAAUUUUACCUAC